AUGAUUCAUACCGUUGUGGUGAAGAGUGGGCAUGUUUGUGAUGUGGUCGUGGCGAGCUCUUUGGUGGGUAUGUACGCGAAGUUUAACUUGUUUGGGAGUUCAGUACAAGUGUUCGACGAAAUGCCUGAGAGAGAUGUGGUGUCUUACAACGCGGUUAUAUCUUGUUUUUAUCAGUGUUGGGAGGCAGGGAAGGCUCUGGAGUUGUUAGCUAUAUCAGCUUGCUCGAGGCUGUUGGGUUUGGAGAGAGGGAAGGAGAUUCACAGAAAGUAUGUGAAGAGAGGGUUUGAGUCGGAUGAGUAUGUGAGCUCUGCUCUUGUGGAUAUGUAUGGGAAGUGUGGCUAUUUGGAGAUGGCUAGAGAAGUUUUUGAGCAUAUGACUGGAAAGAGUUUGGUAGCUUGGAAUUCUAUGAUCAGAGGUUUUGUUGGUAGAGGAGAUAGUAAGUCAUGCAUUGAGCUUUUGAGUAGAAUGGUCAUAGAAGGAACUCGACCUAGUCAGACAACUUUGACCAGCAUUCUAAUGGCUUGCUCUCGGUCAUCCGGUAUCCAACAUGGAAAAUUUGUACACGGUUAUGUGAUUACGAGCUUUGUAGAUGCGGAUGAUUUUAUGAACUGUUCGCUGAUUGAUCUUUACUUCAAGUGUGGUGAAGUAAAGGUGGCUGAAACCAUAUUUGCAAAGACACAGAAGGUUGUGGUUGAGUCAUGGAAUGUUAUGAUCUCUGGUUAUGUGAGUGUAGGUGAUUUGUUUAAGGCUAUUGAAGUGUAUGACCAAAUGGUGAGUGUUGGAGUGAAGCCAGACGUAGUUACUUUCACAAGUAUUUUAUCUGCUUGUUCGCAACUGGAUUUGUUAGAGAAAGGCAAGCGGAUUCAUUUGUCCAUUAGUGAGAGUAGGCUUGAAACAGACGAGUUGCUGAUGGGUGCACUUCUUGGCAUGUAUUCUAAAUGUGGCGAUGUUAAAGAGGCUUCUAGAAUUUUUAAAAGUAUACCAAAGAAGGAUGUUGUGUCCUGGAUAGUAAUGAUCUCUGCAUAUGGAUCUCAUGGUCAACCAAGAGAAGCGAUUCACCAUUUUGAUGAAAUGCAGAAGGUCGGUGUGAAACCUGACGGUGUUACUUUUCUUGCUAUAUUGUCAGCUUGUGGGCAUGCUGGGUUUAUUGAUGAAGGUAUCAAGUUCUUCAGUCAAAUGAGAUCCAAGCAUGGAAUCAAGCCUAGUAUUGAACACUACUCGUGCUUGAUUGACAUUCUUGGCCGAGCAGGUCGGUUGCUUGAAGCUUACGACAUUCUUCAACAAGAAUCAGAGACAAGAGAUAAUGCAGAACUCUCUUCUCUGCAUGCUGCUUGCACCGGGAUCAUUCAUUGGGAUGCAGCAAGGAAAGUCAAAUUAAAGAUGAAAGAAGUGGGACUGAAGAAGCAACCGGGCUGCAGUUGGAUUGAGAUUAAUGAACAAGUGUGCCACUUCUUUGCUGAGGACAGGUCUCAUCCACAAGCUGAGAAUGUUAAUGAGUGUCUUGCCCUCUUAAAUGGCCAUAUUGAAGCUACUCAAUGAUUAUUCUAUUGUUGUUGCAUCUGUCCCAAGACAACAACAUCUCAGGCAACACAUAGUAGAUUCAGUGCGAAGUCACCUUCACAACCAAAACCUAUUAAGUUGUUGGAACUUGGAGCCUAUCUUCACAACACCAACAUGAUGCAUUUCCUGGGGAGUUUACCUUGUGGUACCUAGCUAAAGCCAAUCUGUAAUUAAGUAUUACGUCCUCUGGUUUCUUCCAAAUAUAUAUCCUUACAGUGGCCAAGCUCAUAUCUGGAGACAAGACCUGGAAAGCACAGAGUCAACUUGUUACCAGAUUCAACAUGUUCUUG